AUGUCGUGCGGAACAAGACUAAAAAUGACAUCAGAGGGAGAGCAAGACAGGCUUCAAGGAUGUGAAAAUAACCAGCCACAGGUUGCAGAAAAAAUGAGAAAGUGCAGAAAUAAGAAAAUAGAAGUGGCAAGAAACCUACAUGCUGAUGACAGUGACAAUGAUGAUGAUGAUGAUGAGUUAAUUCAAAAAAGAAGGGGCAGAAAAUCUGAUAAUCAUCAGUCUCCCAGGCAGAAGAGUGAAGAGUGUAACAGGCUUGCAAGGAAAACCUCUAAUGAAAAGAGCAAGGUUAAAAGCCAAAUAUAUUUCAGGGAUGACCUUAAUGAUGUAACUGGGUCAUCUAAAAAAACCUCAGAGGAUGAUGACUUGCCUUACUCUGAUAAGAAUUUUAUGUUACACAUUGAACAACAUGGAAUGGAGUGUAAAGAUUUUGUUAGCCUAUUGAAAAUCAAGAAUGCAAUAGCUGAAUGUGAAAGAUCAACAGAACAUAAAAAAUGUAACUGUGAGCAACUUAAAGUAAAAUUUCAAAAAAUGAAAAAUAAGAUUAGCAUGCUACAAAAGGAACUAUCUGAAACAGAUGAAACCAAAUCACAGUUAGAGCAUCAGAAUCUUGAAUGUAAACAAAAGCUCUGUAAUUUCAGCUGUAUCUUACAAGAAGAAGAAGAAGAAAGAAGAAAGGCUGAAGAGUUGUAUGAAAAAGAUACGGAAGAGUUAAAAAUAAUGGAAGAGCAGUAUAGGACACAAACCGAAGUGAAAAAACAACUUCAGCUGACUCUCGAAUUGUUGGAAGUGGAAUUGAAGACUGUAAGAAGUAACUCAAAUGAGAGUUCUCAUACUCAUGAAAAAGAAAGAGACCUGUGGCAGGAAAAUCACUUGAUGCGGGAUGAAAUUGCCAGACUCAGGCUGGAAACAGACACAAUAAAAUAUCAGAACCAGGAAACUGAAAAGAAAUAUUUCAAGGAUAUUGAAAUUAUAAAGGAAAACAAUGAGGACCUUGAAAAGACUCUAAAGCUGAAUGAGGAAACAUUAACGAAAACAAUAACCGGUUACAAUAAAGAGCUUCAUGCUCUGAUGGAUGAGAAUACAAUGCUCAAUUUGGAGCUAGAGAAGGAAAAACAAAGCACACAAAGACUGAAAACAGAAAUGGAAUCAUACCCUUGUAGACUGGCUGCUGUCCUAUGUGAUCACGAUCAGUGUCAGUCAGCAAAAAGAGACCGACAGCUUGCUUUCCAGAGCACAGUAAAUGAAUGCUGUCAUUUACAAGAAAAUAUUAAUUCUCACAUUCAGAUUCUUUCUCAGCAACUUUCUAAAGUUGAGAGUACAUCCAGUGGCCUGGAAACUGAGCUCCAUUAUGAAAGAGAGGCUCUCAAAGAAAAGACAUUGGCUGUAGAACACAUACAAGGAGUCCUAAGCCGAACACAGUGUCGACUGAAGAACAUUGAGCACAUGUACCAAAAUGACCAACCUAUUUUUGAAAAAUACGUGAGAAAGCAGCAAUCUGUAGAGGAUGGACUAUUUCAACUACAAAGCCGAAAUCUGUUGUAUCAACAGCAGUGUAAUGAUGCUCACAAGAAAGCUGACAAUCAGGAAGAAAUAAUAAUUAAUAUCCGAGCCAAAUGUGAAGAUACUGUAGAAAAACUUCAAGCUGAGUGUAGAAAGCUAGAAGAGAACAAUAAGGAGUUGAUGAAGGAAUGCACUCUUUUAAAAGAAAGACAAUGCCAAUGUGAAAAAGAGAAAAAAGAAGGAGAAGUAGUCAUGAGGCAGCUGCAGCGAGAAGCGGGGGAUGCCCUGAACAAACAGUCACUGUCAGAGGCUAUGCUAGAGAUUUCAUCACAACGUCACGUUAAUUUAGAAGAUGAGACACGAGAUUCAAAAAAGAAAUUAGGCCAGCUGAGAAGUCAAGUAUGUAUGAAACUUAGCAUGUCAACAGUUACUCUGUAG